UACUCGUCGGUCAGAGGAAGCGGCUGAAUGCUAACGUACAGGCUGCGUUAGCGUGUGUUUGUAGAUCGACCACCGGGCGAAGGUCGACAGUAGGACGGCAGCAGCACCAGCAUCCGCCUCUACGUUACUCUAUCACGCAUUCGUCCGCUGCUUAUAAAUCACUUCCAUCUGUAGACAUCGUAGCAGGAGCCGAAGUCCGUUUUUUUUUUUUAAAUAAAUAAAUUCCGUGACUUUCUGGGAAGGACGCGAAGCUAGUAGCUAGCAUUCAGUGUGUGCUAGCUGUAAGUUUUGGUUGAGUAUUCUCUUCAACACCGACAGUCAUGGCUGCUCUCCGAGCCUCCUACCACAGGAUCAUGAACAGGAUCGAGCACAUCCUGCCCGCCAAGAUGCGACCCCUGUACAACCACCCGGCAGGUCCCAGGACAGUUUUCUUCUGGGCCCCAGUGUUUAAAUGGGGUCUGGUUUUUGCUGGUUUGGCUGAUAUGACUCGACCAGCAGACAAACUCAGCACCUCCCAGUCUGCAGUGCUGACGGCCACAGGACUCAUCUGGUCCAGAUACUCCCUGGUCAUCAUCCCCAAGAACUGGAACCUGUUUGCCGUCAACUUCUUUGUCGGCAGCGCCGGAGCCACCCAGCUGUACAGGAUCUGGAGGCACAACCAGGAUAUGAAGGCACAGGAAAAAGCGGCGGUGGCAGAGUCGGCAGCAGAGUCCUGAGUGAUUUCUGUUUCUCGUACAGAGCGAAAAGGGAAAACUUCACAUCCACCAGGAAGUAAACUGACCAUGUCCUCCUACUCCUCCUCCUCCUUCACCUCCUCCACCAUCAUCUCACAUUCAUGCCAUAACUAUAGUUUCGACCACAUCCAGCCUGUUGUCCCUGUUGGGAAUAUGCACUUUUCCUUUAAAAAGGUUCUAAUUUCCACAGGGUGUCAAAUAUUUUCUUGGUUUUUUUUUAAACAAAAAAGAAACAUGAAUAUUUUUUUUAACUGUCGUCAACGCACUCAAGAAUUAUUAUUAAUAUUAUUAUCGUCAUCAGCGCACAGUUAGUACUUGUAUGAUUGUACAUUAAUGUCAUGCUUUUGUAUAUCACGUACAAACUGGGAAUUGUCCCUUUUAUUUUUUUUUCCAUCGUUACAUUUCACGUGUAGCCACUCGAGUACCUCAGGGCAAUAAUCUCCCAGAUUGAAAAAUUAAACAUAUAUACAUAACUCUUGGAUUUGUGUUGGACAUAGUUUGAAGAAUGUUAAUAAUAAUAACAAUAAUAAUAAUAACAUGAUCACGCUUUAUUUCCUUCAUCGUAGCGUCUUUGAAAUCUUUUAAUCUGUGCGAGUGCUAAUCCUAAUUUAUGGAUUUCUUUUGUCAUUGUGACUGUACAUUUAUAUAAAAAGACGGUGUUGUUUUACACCAGUGCCACACGUUUAUUACUUAACCUGUGCUGCUUUUUAUGAUCGACGACUGUAGCUACACUGAAUAAUCCCCUCUUGAUUUUUUUUUUAGCAAUAAUAUUAUUUACUUUAGAAUAUUUCUUGAUCUGCUGACUGUUUAAAGAACAAAAAAAAGGCACUUUGAAGGUCGAUCAUUGUAAAAUCUGUGGCUGUGAAAUGCUAAUAAAUCCUAUUAACACCCUGUU